UAUCGUAUUUCGAUGGGUUCUUUAAUUUAGAACUAAUGCAAGACUAUACGUGACCUCGAAGUAGUUUACAGAGCAAACAAAGCUAUGAUAAGGCCGUGGCGGGUGAUGGGCCUGUUAAACAAGAUAUGCAAGGAAAAGGAUCGAAGACUGCUAAUGCAGUCGAUAAGGUAGCAAGUUUUCUUCGCUUCGAUGAUAAACCAUAAUGACGAACGUUUUGAAGAAAGAGAAAUUUUUAUGCUGUCGCUUCAUUGGUUUAGUACUUCUGGUUAUGCUGUAUCCAAAAUUCAGUUCUGCAAAACAAAAUGGAAGCGUGGUCUCCGGGUCAGUGCUGGCAAAAUUGUUUUCUGAUUAUGAUCAAGUUGUGCGACCUGGUUAUGGAGGAGAUGCUAUCGAGAUCUUUGCAGAUCUCUACGUUGAAUCAUUUGGAAAUAUACAAGAAGUAAAUAUGGAAUUUAAGGUGUUUGGAUAUUUACGACAGCAAUGGAAAGACGGGAGGCUUUCUGGGAAGCUUAACAAGACUCUAACCAUAAAAGGCGAAACCAUCGGUCGAAUGUGGUUACCAGACCCUUUUUGUUAUAAUGCACGCGAUUCCAACUUAAUGCAGCCAGAUUCUGAGGUCCACAGCAAAGUUUCAAUAGACGUUCACGGAAACGUUCAUUACACAAAAGGGGUGACUUUCCUGGCAUCUUGUGAGAUGGAUCUGCGUCAUUUUCCAUUCGAUUCUCAGGAAUGUUUUCUUAAAAUUGGAAGCUAUGCUUAUUCAACGGAAGACAUCAUUUAUAAGUGGAAAUACCAAGAGGUCGAAGUGGAAGCCAAGUCGAUGGCGCAGUUUGAUUACCGCAGUGCUUCUUUAUCGUCAUCUUUUGACAUGUACAAAACAGGAAACUUCUCUACCAUCACUGUGACAUAUUACUUUAAGCGUCGCAUGGGCUAUUACCUCAUACAGGUCUACUUUCCAGAUAUCUGCGUUGUUGCCCUGAGUUGGAUUGUCUUCUGGAUGGAUAAAAAUGACAUGGGCAACAGAAUGGCUUUGGGAAUCACCACCAUAUUAACCAUCAUGUUUCUUCUUGGUUCUCUUAAUGGCACAUUGCCAAGAGUCAGUUAUCCCAAGGCUUUGGACUGGUAUCUAUUGGUGUCUUUUUCUUUCGCGUUCUUGUCGCUAGUUGAGUGCAUGAUCGUGUUCGUGGUUUGGCUAAGCUCUAACAAACGAAAGGCGAAAAAGGAAAAGGAAGACUCUUCAAAUUCAAAGUCACCAUCAACGGUUAAAGUAACAUUUCAUGGAGGAAAACAUGACACUCGAAUUGACGACAAGGAAAGUCAUGUAUGUCUCCCGAACAUCGAUGGCAUUGUGAAGGAAGAUACUUCAUUUUUAGGUCACGAAAAGUCUCCAAAAUUGUAUGAUGCCGCUGAUUUAAUUGACAAAUUCUCACGGGCCUUGUUUCCGAUGGUCUUCCUAAUCUUCAACAUUGGAUACUGGUGUUAUUAUUCACUUGCUUAAAUGAUACUUAAUAAGCUUAUUGAAAUCAAGAAUCUAAAUUACAGGCCACGGUGCGACUGUUAACUACCAAGGAUUGAUAAAUACCAACAAAUCAAAGCUCGUCUCUUUAAAGCCCGAGUGAACCUAGCCUGGUAUUUUAACAUCUUGUAAUGUUUGUAUUGUAAGUAGUACAAGCUUAAUUGACAAAGAAAUAUGAUAUUACGCUGAUUUUAAAUAAUACGUGGUAAUGUUACCUUGAAAUAAUGAAAGUAUCGUCAGAAGUGAAUACAAGCUGCGAUAUCGUAUUAAGCGACUUGUGGUACUUUAAUGUAUCAAGUGAUACUUAGAACUACGAAAUGUUAGUGCUGGAGGCGAAGUGGCUAUCACGUGCAAAUUACGGGCAAAGCUGGCAUUAAUUCAUAAAUUAUCCGUGGAAUCUAAAAAGAGAGUAAAAUAUACUGAUACUAGCUGUGACUUUGUACUAUACUUUUCCAAGAGGAAAUAAUCAUUUGAUAAGCCUAUUGAUUAUUUCAAAUGCGGUGUAAAUAUAAUCGAAGAAAAAUGUUACAACAGAUUUUUAACAUCAUCUUGAUAUGUCAACAGUAUGUCUGCAAGAGAUCCAGAACCAAAUAGAAAAGAAUAUAAGAUGCGAUAUCUUCUAUUCAUUAUGGCUGUGAGCAGAGUUAGAUAUACAAGAAGCCUCAAAUAGUAACUGUGACAUCUUCAAAGGGAAAAGACUGUGG